AUGAUUUAUAUAAAAUAAAUAUUUUAUUAAAAAUAAAACUAUAAAAUUAACAAAUUCAACUUUUCAUUAAAUACAAUAUUCAAGUCUAGAUCAAAAUUAAGUGAAUUUUAUAAAAAUGUCCAUCCUGAUAUAUUAGGAAACGCUCCUGAAAAAAUAAAAGAGGAAAAUUCUCGUUCAUUAAAAAUUCUGAAUUCAUAUUUAGAUUCACUUUCCUAAAAUUCGGGAGUUUCAAAACAAAGGCUUUGCUUUUAUUUGCCUGAUAAAGUAAAUAAAAAAGCAAAAAAAUAUUUAUAAAUUGAAGUAAAUCUAAAUGAAAUAUAAGCUAAUGUAACAUAAGAAACACUUUAAUCACAUAUAGAAUAAUCUAUAUAAAUAUUAUAAAAUGAACUUAAAAUAGUUAGAUUAUAAACGAAUCCUUACUUGGCAAAAUAAUUAAGAGAGUAGAGUGAGGAAUAAUAGUUUGUAGAUGAAGGAAUAGACGAAGAUGUUUAAUUUAAGAAAUAUUAAGAAACAAUGGAACCUUUUGAUAAAAAUGAAACUUUAAUAGAUUCCAUAUAUAAAAAAAAUGCAAAAGAUAGAAUAGGAAAAUUAUUAUUUUAAUAAAUAACAUCAAUAAAUUAAUAGAAAAUUUUAGAUUCAGUUAGAUAAGAAAUGUAUAGUAUGGAUAUGAAGUCUUAAAAACCAUUAUUAUGGGCUAAAAUAGUAGCAGAAGAUUCUCAAUAUAAAGGAAAUAUUGAAAAAUUAUUUUAAUAAUUAAUUGAUCCUAGAUUAAUAUAUUUAGAUAACAAAUUAAAAAAUAAAUAAAUUAAUUAAUUUGUCAAAACAUUAAUUAUAAAUAAUGAUUAAGAUUAUUUUUCUGAGAAAUUCUAAUAAGUAAUUGAUGUUUUUUAACAUAUGGAAAAUUAAUAACCACCUAUAGGCUUAUAUGUAACAAAAUUAUAUAGUGGUAAAGAUAUUCCUGGUUUUUUUCAAUUCCAUAUAAUUUUAAGUUGA